GAGUCCGACUGCUCGAGCUGCGACGAGACGACGAACGCGUUGAUCGGCUGCGUAUGUGUGUCUGCUUUUCCGCCUGCUUUCACCCUGGCCAUGCUGGCCAUGCGACAACGCUGCGCAUGCGCACUCGCGACCAUUAACAUGAAUCCCGUUGACCCUCUCUACAAUCUAGGCUCUCUAGCAGACAUCUCAGCUUUUGUGACGUCAUUUGUUGCCACUUCCGUGCGUAAAGUACGGAAAGUGUGCAGUGAAUCACGCGCCUCAAGUUUUUCCGUAGAUGAUUGGUAUGGACGGUGACAGUACGGGAGUGAUACUGAGUAGUUCUGAAGAUAUCGCAGAGAAAAUCCUACGUUACCUGGACCACCGUCAGCUCAACACUUGUGCCAGGGUCUGCUCUACGUGGUGUGCGAUAGUCAAACGACUCAAGCGCUCACGAACUGAGUUCUCGCAUUGUUUCGAGACGAAGCCUGUGUCGGACUCCUGCGAAGAACCCAGUGGUGUUAUCUCGGAGAAGGUGGCCAGCCGCUUCCUCGCUCAGCUUCGUGGUGCCUGGUGCGAGCCCGGACAUGCACUGGUCUUCGCCACCGGUAGUAGGCCCACGAUGUACAACUCUUGCACUGAUGACAUCCUCCAAGUGAAAAAUGCCGUCAGCUCGCAGCUUCCCCGCUCCUGCCAGCUCCUUCUGGGGCGCGCUGAGAGUGUCGUGGGCACCCCCAGGAGCGUCCCUUCGGGGAUGCACGAUCGCCCCACGGAGCUGGAGCGAGGCCAGGGCCUCUCCGGACUCCUCCUCCCGUCCGUGCUUCCGGACGGAGUGGAAGUGCGCCCCUUUGUCGUGACCGAAGCCCACGUCGUGAGGCAGAUCCAUCACGGCGUCACCGACGACCUCAAGCGUCUGGUCGGCCUGCCGGUCGGAGAGGAACUGGAGCGCGUGAAGUGUGCGCUCUUCUUCGUCGGCAAUAACCUAGACGACAGCACGUGCUGCGCCGUCUGCAACAUCCUCGACGAGUUCAUGCCGGGACGUUUCGCGGUCGGCGGCAGCAGGAUGGACCCCCUCCUCGCGUGCUACACGGUGGACUACGUCUUCUGUGCCGGUCUCUGCUUCUUGGGCGACAGGGUCCGGGCGGCGUCCGUCGUGCUCUCCGAUGCGGUCCGAGGAGCGCAAGCCGUCGAGACGGAGCUUCGGAGGCUGAGGACGGACUGCGGGUUCGGGGGCUGGAAGGCGGGAGCGACGGUGGGGUUGGUGUUUGCCGACGCGGUGAGGGGCGCCGAGUGGCACGGGGCGCCCAACGUGGAAGCGGACGCGUUCGCGAGGGUGUUUCCGGGAGUGCCGCUGGCGGGGCUUUUUGGCACGGCGCUUGUCGGGAGCCAGUGCCUCGUGAACUGGUACACGCCGGAUUACCCCAAGACGGUGUUCGUGUUGUUGGGCCUCGGGGGGAAGUGAAGGUGAACUGUGCUUUAACGUCAAGUGUGUUACAUGGUUGGCUUCCAGAGGUUUUCGGUAGCGCACUUCCCGUAAAGCCGUGAUCAUGCUGCUAAUACAUGGUAUGAAUGACUGUCUGCGGACAUGUUCGA